GCCUACAAGAUACCUUUAGGCUAGACGCAGACCUAUCAAAGGCUGAACGUUACAUGCAAUUAUGAAAAAUCCCCCAUCAGCUCUUUCACUUUAUCCCCUUGCAAACCCAAAAGGCGAAGAGCAUGGCUGUGAAGUAUGCUCUAAACCAGCAUGCUUACAAUGUGGGGUAUGCCGGAUCACGUAUUAUUGUGGAAUAGAGCAUCAAAAAAUUGAUUGGGUAGGAAUUCAUAAAAAGAUAUGUCUGGAUUUAAUAACAUUUCGAGAAUCUAAAGGAUUUGUAUCAAAGGACAAGCGUCAGAAGAAAAGCGAAGAACUUCAAAACAAAAAUCUUGAUCUGGUCCGGCUCACUCAUCUGGAGAGUCGAAAACUUUUGUUUAAAGGAAAAUCAGAGAAAGCCCUACCUGCUGCUUUACAGUGUUUGAGGUUUGCAGUGCGUGCAUAUGGAAUAGCUUGUGUUGAAUUAGUAUCACCCUAUCUAGUUCUUGCAGAAUCAUGUAUUGGUCUUGGGAAACUGAAUCAAGCUGAGACUUACCUUGCACAAGCUCAGUGGAUAGUACUUAAAGCACAACAUGGAUGCACAGAUAGUAUACAAUCACAGUUACAUCGUAAACUUGGUUUGUUAUAUGCUGCUAAAGGGAAUUAUGAACUAGCAUUGGCGAGUUUGGCGAAAGAUAUAUUUUAUGCAUCCCUCGAAUAUGGCACCGAACAUAUUUGCACAGCCGGUGGUUAUUUUCAUAUGGCUGAAGUGUUUUAUGCAAUGUAUAAAGCCAAUGGCAACAUAGGUUCUCUUGAUCAAAACUUUCCAGAAAAGUCAACUGAAUUUGUAUAUCCUUCGGUUACGCCGGAGAUUUCAGAAAUAAAUAAACAAAAUAAGUCUCACGGUUCAUUGAUUUAUGAAAGGAAAACGAAACCAAACAACAGUCUUUCAACAAACUCAGAGUUUUGCAUUCAACCGCCUUCAUCAAAAGCUCAAGUAGUUGAAAAUUUGUAUACACGUGUAGUUAAUAUAUGGGCCAGAUACUUAAGGGAAUUAGUAGAAAGCUUGUUAUUCAAACCUGUGUUCUCUGAAGACGUUGGUGCUAUUAUGGUGGAGACUAAUCAAAAAGCUAAACAAACCCUAGAUGAUGCACAAAAAGCUGAAGCUGAAAAAAUGCUGUAUGCAAUCGAGAAAUAUCAUAAUCAGCGUAUCAGUGAAAAUGAGCUUAAUGCAAGUACUUGUAAUCCAGCCAAGCCAGAUCCAAAAGUUCAAUUGUAUUUGACUUUGUCAAUGCUAAACUAUAUUUUAGAAAGAAAGCAAGAAUCUAUACAAUAUUUAAUCAAAGCCAAAGUUGCAGCUGAAUUUAUGGUACAACAUCCAAAAAUCACUGUGAAUAUCAAAUUGAUGGAACGUGCCUUCAGUGAUAAAAUAAUUCAACAAGUUGCAUAA